CCAGCCUUUUAAUCAUGGAGACAAAACCGGCUUGCAGGAGCCUUGUGCUCGACGCUGGGCCUCUUCUAUCUCUUUCUCCACUACGUGGCCUUGCAGAGCACUAUUUGACAGUUCCUCAAGUCCUCUCCGAACUCAAGGACAAGAAUGCUCGCGAGCACUUUGAGAGACUUGGUCUGUCAGCAGGUGUUAAAAUAGAGUUGCGGGAGCCCGAUGCUGCUUCGCUCUCACAAGUUAUACAGGCUGCGAAGAAGACAGGAGACUAUUCCGUGCUUUCGCAUGCGGAUAUGUGUGUUAUUGCCUUGACGCUUGCGCUGGACAGGCAAGAUAAGGAGAUUCAGGCGAAGGAGAGUGCGGAGGAGCCGAGUUCGGGUAGUACAGCGCUAGAGGCAACUGAGACUGUGUCCACUCACAAUAAUCUCGAGAACGGCGGGUUCGAUGAGCCUUCAACCGGAUCCGAACCUUCAACGAAGGACUCGAGUAGCAGUGCAGCUCCUGUCGAGAAUGAGGAUGUUGUGCCUUCUAUCGUGCAAGACGAAAGCGGUGAAGCCCCUCCACUACCAGCUUCUGAAGAGGAAGACGUUGGCGACAAUGCAGAACGCGAGCCUCUUGAUGUUGUACUUGAACCCAUCAAGAGCACUCCGGACAGUUUACAGCCCGAACACGGAAACUCAGAGGAUACAACGCUCUCGCGAUCUCAACCAAGUCAAAAUAGCCCUCUUUAUGAUAAUCCAUCAGACGAAGACGACGGUGAAGGCGAAUGGAUCACGCCUGACAAUGUGGAUUUGCAUAAAUCUCGCGCGCUUGACCUAUUCCCAUCCACUGACUCCUCCGAUCCAUUCAUCACUGUCUCUGGGAAGAAGAGUAAAGGAAAACGGAGACAGGCGGAGCAGAGCAGUGGAAAUAAUACAGGUGGUGGACCGAAGCAACAGAUUGGUGUAGGCUGCAUGACCGCAGAUUUCGCAAUGCAGAAUGUUUUACUUCAGAUGAAUCUUAACCUGGUCGGAGUUGAGGGAAAGAGGAUCGAAAAAGUCAAAUCCUGGGUGUUAAGGUGUCACGCUUGCUUCAAAAUUUGCAAAGAUUCGUCAAAGAAGUUCUGCCCUUCCUGUGGUAAUCCAUCACUUUUACGGACUUCAGUCACUGCAAAGGCACCUAAUUCGGACGAUUCUUCUCCAGCACUGGAAGUGCAUCUGAAAAAGAACUUCGUCUAUCGAACGCGAGGAACGAUCUACCCUAUUCCCGCGUCAAAACCUGGUUCCUCAAAGAAGGGAUCUGGUGAGGGUCUCAUCCUGCGGGAAGAUCAAUCCGAGUAUAUGCGUGCUCAGAAACGCGAAGAGGGGCGACGCCAACGAGAAGAGAAGAAGAUCAUGCACCAGACUUUGGCCGCUGCUAAAGGUGGCGAGGUGACUGGGAUCAAGUUGGGUAACUGGAUGGAUCCAGAUUGGGUUCCUGAGAUGCUUAGUGUUGGGAUUGGUGGUAAAGGAAGAAAAGUUCCGGAUGGUCGAACUCCUCUUGGAGCCGAUGGGAUGCCUAUCAUUGGCUAUGGGAAGAAGAACCCGAAUGAGAGACGACGAAAGAGGUGAAUACAUUUUGUUGUUCGUCGACAGUCUGUAGAUAGAUUUCAGCAUUGCUAUCACGUUGUACCUGCAAUUCAUGUAGACUACGCUCAUUGAUUACUACAUCUGUAUAGAAUGCUAUCUGCCAG